AUGAUUGAUGGAACACACAUUGCCGCGUCCGUCCCUGAUAAUAUAGUUGCUCGAUUUCAUGGUCGCAAAGAUGGUCCCACACAAAAUGUGCUUGCAGUUGUUACACCUAAUAAAUUAUUUUGUUAUGUCAUGGCUGGAUGGGAAGGGUCUGCUAAUGACUUUACAGUUUUGAGGGAUGCAUUGUCUAUGCCUCCUCCAAAGGGAUUGCGUUUGAUAAAAGAUAAAUAUUAUCUCUGCGAUGCUGGAUAUACGACAAUGCCCGGUUUUAUUGCACCUUAUCGUGGCGUGCACUACCAUCUUAAAGAGCAAGAUGGUAGGGAACCAUUGAACCAUCGCGAGUUUUUUAAUCUUCGUCACUCAUCACUUCGAUCAAAGAUUGAGAGCGCAUUUGGAAUUCUAAAAAAUCGUUUCAAAAUUCUAACAUGUAGGCCUGAUUUUCCAUUUCAAACACAUGUCAAGAUUGUUAUUGCAUGUUGCAUUCUACAUAAUUAUAUAAUGAUAGUUGAUCCAGAUGAUCGUUACAUAACAGAAGAUGUAGUUUUUGAUGAAAGCGAGAGUGAAUUUGUUAGUGAAGAAUCUCAGGUUAGCAUGCUCAAUUUAAGCAAAAAGGAACAGAAAGAAGCACAAGCUACUUGGUUAAAGAAAAGAGAUGAAAUAGCAAAGUCUAUGUGGAUAGAAUAUUGUGCUCGAUAUAAGGAAGGUAAUGAGGUGGAAAUUGGAUUAGGUGAUUAGUAUUUGUGUUUUGUAUUAUUUUAAUUGAUACCACUAAUAUAUGCUAGAUCAUUAAGUGAACAAGUUUGUUUUUUUCCCUAUUAUCAAGCUUAUUGGAAAGAAAAUUUUGUGUAUCUUUGACAUUUCUUUAGCGACAUGUUCUUUUUUAUGAUGAGCUUCAAUAUAUGUAUGUCUAAUUUUAUAGUUUUGCUUUCCAAUUGUCAUAAUGUAAACUUUAUUCUUGUUGUCUCAAUGAAUAUUUACAAUAUCACAGGACGAUGGACAAUAUAGAAAAGUGUGCAUAUGGGGGUAACAGUACUGGAUACUUUCAAGUUACUUCAACACUAGAUCAACAAUCGCCACAUUACUCAUUCUCAUGGAGUACACGCUCUUGGAAACCCCUAUGUUUUUGGUCAUCUUGGAGAUUCGUCUAAUCAA